AUGCGAAAAGCUGUAAAAACCGUAGCUAAAAGUAGUAAACAUAUUAGCAGUACAUUAAUAAAAUGGACAGCAUCUUGCCCGAAUCGUAAAUCAGUAUCGCAAGUGCUACGAUUAGCCCGUACUCUUUUCCGUGAUCGUGGAUGUAUCAACGUUUUUCAUUCUGUCAAAGAACAUCACAAUUAUGUACAGUUUGCUGGUUACCUCUCUAGAAAUUUCCUCAACUAUGAGACAGAAUAUGCUCAGGCUGCAGGACUACUCCUCAAUGUUACACAAAAGCUAAUUCAUGAUGCUGAGACAGCGUCGAUGUUUGUUCGGGUACAUUUGGCCAAAUGCAUGCUGCGCUUUCUUAGCUGUCGAGAUAUGGCUAUUCAGCAAGCAGCGCUCGAGAUACUGGGAAGAUUGGCAGAUUGGUCAGCGGUAUGUCGGGUGGAGCUCUGCGCCACGACUGCUAUCGAUAUAUGUUUACAACUAAUUCCACAAGGAGAUCUGUUGGCACAAAAACUUUGCGUAAGCCUUCUCCGAAUCCUGUCGUGUGAGGAACAAGCUCGAGAACAGAUUCGGAUUUAUGAUGGAGUGCCUAUCCUAGUAGGGCUGUUAUCCAUAAAAAAUUCACGCCUACAAUGGCAUGUUGCAUGGUCAUUAGCUCAGCUUGCCGAGGACGCAGAAACGUCAGUCGAGAUUGUCCAGCUUGGUGGAAUCUCGCUCGUGCUAGCAGAGUUUGCAACAUUGAAGCCACCUGCAAAAGCGUUGAAUGACUGGGUAGCAAUGCUCACGGGUAAGAUCUUCUAUAUGAGUUCUACCAGCUUGGUUCCCGCAAACCUGGAAGGCACUCAAGUGGCUUUUCAUGAAAAUAUCAAUUUUUCUUCGGAAACUCGAACUCUCAAAAUAUUAGGUUGAUU